UAUCUUCUUCGUAAAAUGUACCUACCCGUGAUUAUCUCUAUACCCAUAUUAAUAUGCCUAUGGAUUUACUUUUUAAUAUUAUUAAGAAAUAGUAUUUUACAAUCCACCGCAGUAAAUUUAAAUAUCAUCGAUGCGAAAAAUAAUACUGCGGAACGUUGUAAAGAAGUGAACAGUUCUGGUUUAGUGAAAGAUAUUGGCGGUUUUAAGAAAAGAAAGAAAAUUCACGUUCCCAAAUUUAUGUUGGAAUUGUACGAAAAAAAUAAAAUUGGUGGUAAGGGGGUAAAGCGACCAGAUGUUGUGAGGAGUGUAAUACCAACACAUGCGGAACCUCUCAAUGGCAAUGAAGUCUUCGAAGAUCCUUCAGAGAAUCAUCUACUCAUUUUUAACAUUCCUGCUUCUGAUGAAGAUGAAAAAUUUGUUAGUGCAGAAUUGAAAAUUUUAACGUUGUUGGACAACAUUGAUGCACGCAAUGAAAUAGGAGUCAGAAGAAUACUAAAAAUGUCCAUAUACGAUGACACAGUGAAACACCUCCUCGAUUUUCAAGAAAUCCAAAUUCACCACUUCAACAACUCCUGGAUAUCUUUCGAUGUCACAGCUCCAGUAAACGAUAUUUUACAAAUGAAUUCUAAAACCAAAUAUCUCAAAAUCGUUGUCAUGAUAUCCGCGUUUCUUCCUAAAAUUUCUGACAAUCUAAAACUAUCUUUAAUGCCUAUAGAAGAAGAUUAUGAACAUGAUUAUCCCGUUUUACUGCUCACCUACUCAUCCACUAAAGAAGACAUAAAUGAUAAAGUUAAAGAAGUGACUGCGUUUAAAAAUAAGAGAAGAAAACGUAAUGCUAACUACGAUUAUGAUGAGGAAAUUAACGAGAUGUGGAAUAUUAAUAAUCAAUAUCGAAAAAAUAAAUUUAAUAACGUAACAGAAAAGAAUAAUACAUUAAAAGAACGAAUUAAUAAAUUAUUGAAAAAUAACAUCGCGUUAAAUGAGUAUAAAACAGAAAAUAACAGAAAAAAGCGUAACAUCGAGGACGACUAUGAGGAAGAAACUAACAGAUUAUGGGAUGAUGACAAUUUAGUGAAAAAGACAGUUCAGUUGAAGCGAUUUAAGAGGUUGAGGAAUACCUGCAGAAGGAGACCAUUGUACGUGGAUUUUGCUGAAAUCAAGUAUGAUUCGUGGAUUGUUCAACCAAGUGGUUAUGAGGCUUAUCAAUGUGCUGGUCGAUGUUUCUACCCCGUAGCUGAGCAUCUCAACCCCACCAAGCAUGCGAUAGUCCAGGCACUACUUCAUAGCGUGGCGCCAACUAAGGUGACCCGGUCCUGUUGCGUACCUACAAUGUUAGAUUCCAUAUCUAUUCUUUACGUGGAUAGUAACGGUGUAUUAACAUACCGAUAUGCUUAUAAAGAUAUGGUAGUCGUAGAGUGUGGAUGUAGAUAAAAAUAAAUUAUUAAG